AUGUAUGUCCUCGAUGUGGAGCACUCAGUCAUUGGGCGUAGAUUUGUAGAGCCUUUGAGACCAGGCGUAGUCCCCGUGAUCCUAUUAGCCACUGGCAAGCCCGAUUUCGACAACUCUUCCAUCGUAGCUGAGGCGAGGAUCAAUGCGAUUCGGGAGAGGUAUACCAGGUACACACCAAAUGCAGGGACUUUGGAGUUGCAUCAGCAAUUUGUUAUGUCUGAUGAAAUUUAUGAACACAUAAUAUAUGCUCCAGCAACUCACACGAGCUUUGCAUCUUUGCCAUGCAUGUGGGAGAGGACUUUGACAGUCAAUGGGUUUUCUGGUAUAUACUCAAGACGAUGA